UUAAAGUAGUCCCUUGAUAGAAUUAAAUACAUUUCUAACAGAAACUAGGACAGACUCGUGCAUAUUUAUUAAGAACUUUGGAAUUAAGGUGCAGUCUUACUCUUUUCUCAGCUGAAACAUGGACUGUAAGUUUCGAGGGGCUGGGGGCUUUUUUAGCAACAUCACAUAUUAAUGCAUAUUUAGGCACGUAUCUGUAGCCAUCUGCUUUUUCUUCCUGCUCGAAUUCCCUAUGUUACAUACUGGGGGGGAAAGCAUUCAUGUCAUAUGUGUUCAGGGGACUUACAUACACUGUCCAUAAUGUAUGUCACUGGUGCAUACUGCAUCACUAACGGGCAUAUGUCCCUGUCUUUCUCUCUUUCUCUAUCUCUCCUUGUCUAUCUGUCUCGCUCUGCGAGAAACCACCAUAACCUUCUGAGACUCCACUUUUCUUGUUCUUGCACAAUUUUGAGCAUUCACCUUCAUCCUACUCCAGUUACUAUGAAAUUCGAAGUUAUGAAUUGCCCUUCACAGCACGAGAUAAUCCACAUUUUUUAAGAGAGGUUAUUCUGUGUAGGUUAUUCUUUUCCUCCUCUUCCAGAGAAAUCCACUAACUCCAUUCUUCCAGAAUCCAAUGGGCGUGAUCUAUUUACCUACCUGCCUUUCUCUACGAAGGGAAGGUUAUUUCUUUCAAAAUUCAGCCCGAAGGUUAAGAAUUAAAAACAAAAAUCAGAACCCAAGCUAUUUCAAUCGAUUUGGCAAAAAAAAAAAGUUUCCAUACAUUAAAAUAAUAAUACUAAUAAGUGUCAAGUGUACAUUGUUGCUUGCUGUAAAUAUUCAGAAGGUUUCCCCUUUCCCAGCUACGCCUUAUAGCUGAAACUCACUCCUCCAGUUUUAUUUAAUGAAAGACACAUUUAUGAACAAUCAAAUGAUCCUCGUAAAAAUUUUAUUGAAGGACAUAAAAACAUCCAUGGCUACUAGCCGAAUAAUUCAGAGAGGGUCUGCAAAAGCUGUCUUUUUUGGGGAGGGGGAUGGUGGUGGUGUUAUUAUUCCCCACUCAUGUUUUACAAGCUUAUCCUUUCCACUCCAGGAGACAGUUAUUAAAAAAUAGAUAUGCAUGAUGUGACCAACAGAUUUCUUGCCCUAAAGCAGGUUUGACGACUGUACUUCCCUGUAACAGAUGACAAAAAGUCCAUUUAUUUUUAGGCUAAAAGAGCCUAAAAUCAGAUCCUUCCUUGGGUGAUACUGAAGUAUGAUGGGAAGCAUACCUCUAUUACACUUUGAACCAGUCCCUUUUUACUGAUAUUCAAUUUAAUGUAUCCACUAUGGAAUACAAGCUGCAGAAGGAAAGGACAGACAGAGACAAAUUACGUCAAGAAAUAGUGCCUGGGAUACCUUACACACAUACCUUAUAGGCUCACUAGCAGGGCAGCUUUUUAUGCCAGACAUAGCCACCUCUGGCUAAUGAAAUGCAAGAGGCAUUGCUUCUAAUGUCUGCAUUAUUUCAAGAGUUUUAUGAAAAGCCAGGUCGCAUAGUCUCUAUUAAAAAAAAAAAAAAAAAAAAAGACCUGCGGAUUGAUCCACACUGUAUUUUUGGGUAAAUACAAUCACGUGAGAUCUGAGAGCCAAUAGCAAACUGGGAAAGGCUGAAAAAAUAAUUACCUGCCCUGAUUGUUCUAUGAGAAGAUAAAAAGUACACAUACAGUUCAUACAAUAAUCUUAUGAAUGUAAAAGAGGGGGGAACAUGUCGGCUUCUGGUCCCAUAAGCAACUAUUAUGUAGAUUCCUUGAUAAGUCAUGAAAAUGAAGAGCUCUUGGCAUCAAGGUUCCCAGCCACUGGCUCUCACCCUGCAGCAGCUAGACCUUCAGGAUUAGUACCGGACUGUGCCGAUUUUCCAUCCUGCAGUUUUGCCCCUAAACCGGCCGUUUUUACUACUUCAUGGGCUCCCGUGCAUUCUCAGUCUUCUGUGGUUUACCAUCCGUAUACCCACCAGCCUCACAUUGGGGCUGACACCAGGUAUAUGCGCACUUGGUUGGAACCCAUCUCAGGCGCGGUGUCCUUCCCCGGCUUCCCACCCAGCAGCAGGCAUUACGGGCUCAAGCCGGACGCUUUCCCCGGCCGAAGGGCGGAAUGUGGCCCGGUGGACGGGCGUAGUUAUCCGGAUUACAUGUACGGAUCCCCGGGUGAUCUCAGAGACCGAACUCCGCAGACUAUACCCUCUCCGGAAUCGGAGGCAGUCGCUUCGAGCAAACACAAAGAAGAAAAGAACGAAUUAGACCCUAGCAAUCCCGUCGCAAAUUGGAUUCACGCACGUUCCACAAGGAAGAAAAGAUGUCCUUAUACAAAGUAUCAGACCCUGGAACUGGAAAAAGAGUUUUUAUUCAAUAUGUACCUCACACGGGACCGGAGGUACGAAGUAGCCAGAGUUCUUAAUCUCACUGAACGCCAAGUCAAAAUCUGGUUUCAGAACAGGAGAAUGAAAAUGAAGAAAAUGAAUAAAGAAAAAACCGAUAAAGAACAGCAGUAAAGUUGGCAAAGUCAAAUCAAUGCAAGAGAAAGGAGGAGAGGGGAGGGAGGAAGGGAAAGCUGUUUCUUUGGUUCGAAAUGUUUCUGACUUUGAAUGUGCUGAUCAGUGUUUAGAUUUAGUUAAACACAGCCAAGCGUUUGGGAGCACCAUGCUUUUAUAAAAUGCAACUAAAAUAAAAUGAUUUUUUUGUCCUUUUCGGGAAAACAAAACAGAAAAGUACUUGAAUUUUUUUUAAUUUUUUUUUUAGUAUUUUAUUUCGUAAGUUAAACUUAUCCAGUGUUUUAUUUUUUUAAUUUCAUGACUUUGUGAGUGCAUAUUUUGUACAAAAGAAAAUGAGAAAAAAAGGCUCAAAAGUGUUCUGUCAUAGUGUUGGUCUGGUGUACUUAUUUGUGUAUUUUAUUCCUGUCUCAGACCCGUUCUGUAAUAUUGUUAUGUUUGCUAUAGUAGAACAGCUCUAUGUAAAUAUAUACUUAACGUUACAAAAAAAGAAGGAAAAAAAAAAAAAAACCUUAUCAUGCAGGUGUCUUUUAUUUAAACUCCACUUGAGAAACAGCCAGAGUUUAUUUUGCAAUGGUAUUCAAAGCUGUGUUGGGAUUCUUAAAGGAGACACCCUCCUUGCACCAGUGAAUUUAGCACUGAUAAAAUCGCAGUCUGUUGAAAUGGAAUUUGAAAUAUACCUUAUUACAGGAAGCAAAUGAAGAUGGGUGGAAAGAAAGGACGCUGUUUCCGCUCACAACAUUUUGUAUUUAAUAGUAUAAUCAUAAAAUGCGUUUAGGUAAGGGUUAUACGUGCCAUAAAUUUUUAGGUUUGGAUAAUUAAUUGUAGUAAUUUAUGACCAGGCAAUCGAAGUAUAUGUAAAAGAUUAAAUAUGUAUGCUGGGAAAGGGCGCUUGCGGCAACAUUCCUCUGUCUGACAUCCGCCUAUAUAGCAACUGCUCUGCAUUAUCAAUGGGAUGCCAAGACUUGUAGGUUUCUUCAGCUCCUUGCACCUCAGAGGACGUUACGUUGCAAAGUAAAAUAUAAUCGAUUGGGGAGGAAUGUUUUUAAAAAAGCAAGAAAAAAGAAAACAAGAAAAUGUGUGUGGGGAGAGAAAUUUUCGGUCUCAAUGAAAUAGGUUUUUUUUUUUUUUCCUCACCCUCCCGCCUCCCUUUCUUUCUGUACAGAGGUCUGGAUUGUCUGCUGUGGUAGGUAGAGACCCAUUCCACCAGUCUAAAAUGGGUAGGAAGUUUCUGUUGUUGUCGUGGUUUGUGACCAUUUUAAGUGGCCCAGAUGGGCGAGAACAGGCUGUCACAAUGCAUUUUUAGCUUGAGGUAUAAAUUGAUGGGUGCUCAGAGGCUGCUCAGUGAGAGACAAGAGGGGGAGAGAAAGUAUAAAAAUGAUCAGCGAGGGAUGCUUAAUCAUCAAAACUUGUUAUAAGGUGCCUUUCUUUAAUGAAAUGAGGAGAGCAGGGUUCUAAUCUUUCUAAUCAAAAUCAGAGCGAGGUAGUAGGACAUGCUUGUCGCCUUGGCUUCUCAGCCUUCUCCGAAAUAAAAAACCUGGAAGUCAUUACCCACUGAUCUUUAUAAAAUAUUGCCCUUUAAUAUUUCUUUCUUAAAGUUUUGAGGUUUCUCCCCCCUUUAUUGAUUUGUACUCUCGCUUUUAUGGCAUCGUGGGUUUUUUUUCUUUUUUUUUUUAAGGUGGUAUGGUAUGGGUCAGUCUGAGCAUCAUCCUGGCACCAGAGGAAGCUCAAAGCUCAGUUCAUUCAGAGCCUAAGUCCCCUGCUUUUUAUGUUUGAAACGUCUUAAGGAGCCCACUGAAAUGUGCAGGUUAAAAAGCAUUUUAGCAGGGCCAAGAAUGAUGGGCAAAAACAAAACAAAACAAAAAACCACCACCAACAACCAAAACUGAAUCCAACCCAACCCAGAAUAGUCCUGUCAUUUCGUGUAUUUUUCUCUUUCUUCUCCCCUUCUAAAUCCGUCCGCGUGAACUCCAUUAAAAAACAACCACCACAACAAAAACACUGUUCGGAUUUCAAAAUGGAUUGG